AUGCGGGAAUUAAGAAGAAUUGAAGAGGCCUUACGUAAGAUAAGAAUUGAUGCGCCAGCUGUUUUGCAAGAGCGAUACCUUCCAGGUCCUCUUUUACAAGAAGUCCUUUCUUCCGAGAAGAAACAGGAAGAUGUUAACGAGGCCUAUCGUAUGUUGCUAGUUGGCAUGAAGCCUUUGAUUGUUGAGAAUACCGAUUCUUUAGAGAAAUCCGCUUUAAUCUACCACGAAGCCCACCAAACCCUCAAAGCUCUUCACCAAGAGUUAAAGAAGGCCGAAGAGAAGACAGAAGAAGUUCUCGCUGAGAUCAAUUCUGGUAACAUUGCUAAGCGCAUUGAGAUACUUAAGCGCGAACGAGAAGCAGAGGAGUUAGACCAAAAAGAGAAAGAUAUUAAAGAAGCCCUAGCCCUAGACAGAUUAUCAAUCAAAGAUAUCUACAUGGGCCGUUUAAAGAAAAUCAAUGAUCAUUUGAAGUACGUUACAUCUUCAGUUAUCCGUGCCGAGAUAAAGAAAAGAGUCGAAAGCAGUGCCUGGUCUAUCAAGCAAGAUCUAGAAAAGAAGAUAUUUCGAGUGUUGGAUAGAGGCGAAGAAAUCUCAUCUGUUGAAGUGGCCGCACUUAAGAUCAUUGGUGGUUCCUUUCUAGAUACGGUUUAUGAAGGUCUUAAUGUUCUUCUGAUUGAAAGUGUUAAUAAGGCGUCUAGUACCAUCAGAGAAGAAGUCUCCUCACUAGAGGACAGUCCUAGUCCCGAAGAAGAGAAGGAAAUUGUUGCCCAGGGCCUAUCUAUCUUUAGCGAUCGCUACCACCAGAUACUCAAUCGAACUGUUCAGCUACUCCAAAAAGAGAAAGAGACUUUGCCCAAACUAGCCCAUCCAGGUUUUCACUUCCUUCCGUCCUUUUAUGCUGAAAUCAGUCUUGGCAGUACUCCUAAUGCAUCACACUCUACCUUUAAACUACCCACCCCUGAAGGCCGGUACAACGAGCAAAAUCUAGUCCAUCUCUUCACUAAGUAUCCCAAAAAGCUCCUAACUGGUUUGGUUGAGAAGAGUAAACGCGUGGCUAAUUCCAACGAGUACACUUUAGCCAAUGUUUACCGCACUGCUGAUUCUAGCCAACUCUACAAUGAACUCUUCCUAGCCAAAUACGGCAGUCUUUCCGAAAGUGCCCUAGACCAAGAAAGAAAGGACGUCUCUUUACAGCCAAUCUACAAAACAGUAACCGAAAAGGCCGCGUUGGUAGUUUAUGGCUACUCCCAGAUCUUAACCGGCAUUCUUCGCCAAAUCUUAGCCGAAGCCCUUCCGGCCCACAUUAAUAGCGCCAACCAUAUCAAAGACCAUGCCAUUGAAGAGUCAUUUAACCGCCGCAAAGUCAGCAUUCUUCACAUGAUUGAUAAGGCCACUAGCCAUGCUAAAGUUGACCACCGUGCUUCAUACCUUGAAAAGUAUACACAUCGGCUUGAAGACAUUCUCAAAGCCACUACCGAGUUCACCGGAACUCCGGCCGAAGGUCUAGAAAAGACCUUUACCCAGUCAGCCAAUGAAAUUCUCAACCAAACUCUUAACUCCCUCACUGAAGUCUUCCAGAUACUUACCAAAGAGAAGGAUCUUAAACCCAUCAAGUACAACGACCCCGAUUGCCAGCUAAUUGAAGAAAUCAUUAUUUGGAACCAUCCCGUCCAAAACAACUUACUAGGAGAUUCUCUUUUCCUACGCUGCCCAGAGUCUUUCUUCAACGCAGUCUCCGGCUUCCUAACCCUUCACGACCAAAUCAACCAUUUCCUCAAGACUACUCCCAACCUACCAACCGACCUCACUCAAAAGACCACUUCACUUUUCACAGUUAUGAAAGGAUACUUUAUCUCCCACGUUCUUUCACUAGCCCGAAUCUUUCUCGACCAAAUGGUCCUUUCCGGCGAUCUUUCUGAUCGGCGUCUUCUUCACCUUCUUGCCCAGAACAAUCUGCUUGCCCAAAUCAGUGCACCAGCCCUACAACUCUACUCCUGCCUCCAUCUCUUCCUAAACAUCACCAAGUGCCACUCUAUCUCCCGCCGUCCAAGUUUCCGCAACACUCUAGCCACUCUCCAAACUCACCUUGACAAUCUUCUACCCUCCACCAUAGACACUUCCAUCUACGCCCCCGAGUAUAUCAUCUAUGCCCUAGAAGCCAUUGACCGAAAGGACAAAGUAUACAUCCAAACCCUCCAACGACUAUUCAACCACGAGCUUUUCACCCGCGCCAUCCAUGAGUACAUCCUUACCGCCCCCAAAUAA